GCUGGGCGCGGAUGACGUACCGGAAGUGCGUCAUCGCGGCCGACAGCCAGCCGGGCGGGCGGAGGCGGAGAUGAGCAAAGGCCGUGAGGGCGCCGGGGCGGGCGGAGGCGCCGCCGCCGUUCUGCUGCGGUACCUGCGGGAGCAGAACCGGCCGUACAGCGCCCAGGACGCCUUCGGGAACCUGCAGCGGGAGCACGGGCUGGGCAAGGCGGCCGUGGUGAAGGCGCUGGAGCAGCUGGCGCAGCAAGGGAGCAUCCGCGAGAAAACCUACGGGAAGCAGAAGAUUUACUUCGCCGACCAGGAGCAGCUCCCGGCUGCCAGCGAUGCAGAGCUCCGUGCCCUGGAUGGGGAGAUCGCUGCCCUCGCCAGCAAGGUGCAGGCGCUGCAGCAGAGCUGCCGGCAGAUGGAGGCGGAGCUGAAGGAGCUGAACUGCUCCAUGACAACCCCGGAGAUGAGCAAAGAGCUGGAGGUGUUGAGGAAGGACUGUGGGAGUUACACGGAGAAGCUGGAGAGGAUCAAAUCUGCCACCAACCACGUCACACCUGAAGAAAAGGAGAAGGUCUGCAGUGAGCAGCAGCUCUACCACAGGGAGUGGCGCAGGAGGAAGCGAAUGGCAACCGAGCUGCUGGAGGCCAUCCUGGAAGGGUACCCCAAAAGCAAGAAGCAAUUCUUGGAGGAGGUUGGGAUCGAGACAGAUGAGGACCAAGGUGUCACUCUGCCAGCAGCCCCGUGAGGCCACAGAGGGAGGAGCUGAUGCUGCAGCUCAGGUGUUGGGGUGUUUUGGGUUUCUUUGCAGUGCUUGGGCUCUCCCUGCACAUUCACAGGUGUUUGGUUUGGAAUCCCUGGCAGAGGGAAGGGGUGGGGUGGCUGUUGAGUCCUCAGGGUCCCAGUGACAAAAGGCAGUGGGUGAGGGGAUGAACUGGGGCCCAUUUCUGGGUCUCAGCCACACCCCAAGGUGCCUCUGCCUCUCCCGGGGUCUUUGCUGCAGGAUUGGGGUUGGGUUGGGCUCUCAGGAACCACUUGUCAGCCUCCUCCCAGCACCAGGGGAAGAGCCCAGGGACUCAGCAACAGUGUGAAAAUCAUUAAAAC